GCAGUUUGAAAGGGAGGAGGCGAAUCUCCUGCAAUAAUAAGGCGGAGUGGAGAGCGUGGAGCUUCGGAGCUUCAGUGUUCACACGCCCGACGAAAAGGGUGGAUAGUACUACGCCAUUUGGUUUUUUUUUUUAACGUGCUGAUUUUCCACUCAGUAACGCUAAAAGCCGGACACCCCGUCCUAUCGCCAGACGCCCCCUCCCGUUGUACUACCGCCGCCCCCCCUCCAUGGACGCGUUAGGAUGGAAGCUGGCGGCGCAGCGCUUCGGUCCCGGACAGUCCGGCGUCCCCCCGCCGGUCGGCUCGGGCUAGGGGCCAUGAAGUGAGCUUAGCGUGGGAAGCGCAGAGACUCGGAUCGCUUUAUGUUUUUUUUCUGUUUUUAAAAUUUAAAAGCCUUUUAUACGCAUUGAAGAGUUAAAGCCGGGAUUCUCUGAUUACCGUGAGCUGGGCAGUAUACGUACCGAAGUGACAUUUUCAGUUGCAGAAGAUGGACAUUGAGGAGAUGGACGAUGUCAGCCCCUGAGCGCUCAAUGGGUGUGACCCAGCGCUCCUGUAUACCUGCAGCUUCACUGAUCUCUCUCCUGAGCCUUAGUGGACACCUGAAGCUUCUCUGAUCUCCAUCCUGUGCCCUUACAGACACCUGAAGCUUCUCUUAUCUCCAUCCUGUGCCUUUAUGGACACCUGAAGCUUCUCUGAUCUCCAUCUUGCGCCUUUCUGAACACCUGAAGCUUCUCCGAUCUCCAUCCUGCGCCUUUCUGGACACCUGCACCAUUCUGUCUGGAGUCCUGAAUCUUUUAGGGGGAUUCCCUUGACUUUGGCUCCCCUUGUCCCCCUCUCACACCCCCAUCUCAAUCUCAGGGGGUCGGACAUGCUGAAGUGCAUCCAGUUGGGGCGCUGCAACCGCCACAUUGAGUCGGUGGACAAGCGGCACUGCUCCCUGCAGGCGGUGCCUGAUGAGAUCUACCGCUAUAACCGCAGCCUGGAGGAGCUGCUGCUGGAUGCUAACCAGCUCCGCGAACUCCCCAAGCCUUUCUUCCGGCUGCUGAACCUGCGCAAGCUGACCCUCAGCGACAAUGAGAUCCAGAGGCUCCCCCCAGAGGUGGCCAACUUCAUGCUGCUGGUGGAGCUGGAUGUCUCGCAGAAUGACAUUCCUGAGAUUCCUGAGAGCAUCAAGUUCUGCAAGGCGCUGGAGAUCGCAGAUUUCAGCGGAAACCCUCUCUCCAGGUUGCCGGAUGGUUUCACGCAGCUUCGGGGACUGGCUCACCUGGCCCUCAAUGACGCCUCCCUGCAGAUUCUGCCGGAUGACAUCGGCAACUUGGGCAACCUGGUGACCCUGGAGCUGCGGGAGAACAUGCUGAAAUCCCUGCCCAUGUCGCUGUCUUUCCUGGUGAAGCUGGAGCAGCUGGAUGUGGGCAGUAAUGACCUGGAAGCAUUGCCUGACACCCUUGGUGCUCUGCCCAACCUGCGGGAGCUGCUGCUGGACCACAACCGCCUGGCUACCCUGCCCCCGGAGCUAGGGAACCUAAGGAGACUGGUGUGCCUGGACGUGUCAGAAAACCGCCUGGAGGAGCUUCCCGCAGAGAUGGGCAGCCUGGUGCUCCUAACCGACCUGCUGCUGUCACAGAACCGGCUGGAGCUGUUGCCAGACACCAUUGGUGGCCUGAAGCAGCUGUCCAUACUCAAAAUGGACCAGAACCGGCUGAUCCGCCUGACGGAUGCCAUCGGCGACUGUGAGAAUCUGUCUGAGCUGGUGCUCACUGAAAACCUCCUCCAGGCUCUGCCGCGAUCCAUGGGGCAGCUGAAGAAGCUGACCAACCUGAACGUGGACCGCAACCGUCUGUAUGGUGUCCCCCUGGAGCUGGGCGGCUGUACCAGCCUCACGGUGCUCUCGCUGCGUGAGAACCGCCUGGCCAGGCUGCCCCCCGAGCUGGCAGGUGCCACGGAGCUGCAUGUGCUGGACGUGGCGGGGAACAGGCUUCAGAACCUCCCGUUCUCCCUGGCAAACCUGAACCUGAAGGCCCUGUGGCUGGCCGAGAACCAGUCGCAGCCCAUGCUCAAGUUCCAGAUGGAGAAUGACAGCAGGUCUGGGGAGACGGUGCUCACCUGCUACCUGCUGCCACAGCAGCCGUCGACCAGCCCAGAGAACGAGCCGCCAACUCCUACUGAUGACAGCUGGACAGACACCAACCUGAACCGCGUGUCCACCAUCCAGUUCCAGGAGAAGCUGGAAGACCGGGAGCAUGAUGAGGAGAGCGCGGCUGAACGAGGGGGUCUGCAUCGACGGGCAACACCGCACCCGAAUGAGCUGAAGGAGAUGAAGAAGGUCAUGGAAGAGAGGAGGCCCCAUGCGGAGGAGGAGGAGGAGAGGACCGACACAGAGAAGGCGACGUUGACCAAUCACAGCCCAGACUCUCAGACGUCCAACCAACUUCACAGACACAAAAAUGAUUUGGUGGAGCUGGAUGAAAUGGAAGUUGAAUACGUGGAGCCCACCGUGCACUUCGCAGAGGAGCCCAUUAUCCGUGGAGGUGAGGAGGAGGACGAUGAGGAAGAGCCGAGCGAUGACGGGGAGCGGCGCGCUGUCCCCGCUGAGCGGCAGCGGCUGAUCAGGAAGGACACGCCUCACUACAAGAAGCAUUUCAAGGUCUCCAAGCUUCCCAAACCGGAGGCGGUGGCGGCUCUGCUGCAGGGAUUCAGUGCCGAGGGGAUGCACCCGUCUCCUGAGGAAGGAGUGGAAGAGGAGGAGGAGGAGGAGGAGGAAGAGGAGGAGGAAGCAGAGAACAUCUCUCCUCUCCCCAGGACGGAGGGGCUGACGGACAGACAUAACGCCUCCCUGCAGCCCGUUAAGGGGGUGUCAUUUGAUCAAGUCAAUAAUCUUCUGAUUGAGCCUGCUCGAAUUGAGGAAGAAGAGCUGAAGCUGAGCAUCCUGCGGCAGGCGGGGGGGCUGGGCAUCAGUAUUGCAGGGGGUCGUGGCUCGACGCCUUACAAGGGGGAUGACGAGGGAAUCUUUAUCUCCAGGGUUUCUGAAGACGGUCCUGCUGCUCAUGCUGGCAUCAGAGUGGGAGAUAAACUUUUGCAGGUGAACGGUGUGGAUCUGGACGAGGCGGAGCACCAGGACGCCGUGGCGGCACUGCGUAGCUCCAGGACGGCCAUCACCAUGACGCUGCUACGGGAGCGCAUGGUAGAGCCAGAGAACGGCGUCAGUACCACACCCCUGCGGCCCGAGGAUAGCUCCUCCCUCUGCAUGCCAUUGGCCGAGCCCCGCCCUUCUGGUGACCAUGAGCGCGUCUCCGCCUCCAUCGUCCGUGAUGACGUCGGCCUGGGCUUCUGCAUCGCCGGGGGAAAGGGCUCCACGCCGUAUCGCCAGGGAGACACCGGUAUCUUCAUUUCCCGCAUUGCUGAGGGAGGGGCCGCCCACCGUGACAGAGUUCUGCGUGUGGGGGACAGGGUUCUCUCUAUCAAUGGUGUCGACAUGGAAGAUGCCAGACGUGACCAGGCGGUGACACUGCUCACCAGCACCUCUCCUACCAUCUCUCUGCUGCUGGAGCGUGAGCAGGAUGCCACCGAGGAUCACCCCACAGGGCCCCCGCCCCGGCCACGCUCCCCCCCGCCCCCCCAGCCGAGUGACUCAGACCCCACUGGUACCUGUUCUCAGAGUGAGCACCUGGACCAGCCGUGUACGGACGUGUACCCUGUCGAGGAGCUGACUCUGCUGAAGACAGGCGGCCCGCUGGGGCUGAGCAUCGUGGGGGGUAGUGACCACGCCAGCCACCCCUUCGGGGUCACGGAGCCCGGCGUCUUCAUCUCCAAGGUGGUGCCCGGGGGCGUGGCUUGCAGCGCGGGCCUGCGGGUGGGCGACCGCCUCCUUGAGGUGAACAGCACCAACCUGCGGCAGGCCAUGCACCAGGAAGCCGUUGGUGCGCUGCUGUCCAGCCAGCAGGAGAUGCGUCUGCUGGUGCGCAGGGACCCCGCCCCUCCUGGCAUGCAGGAGAUCGAGAUUCAGAAGUUACCUGGAGAAAAGUUGGGCAUCAACAUUCGGGGCGGAGCUAAAGGCCACGCCGGCAACCCUUUUGACCCCACGGACGAGGGAAUCUUUAUCUCCAAGGUGAGCCCCGACGGGGCUGCAGCGAGGGACGGCCGCCUGCAAGCUGGCACGCGCAUCCUGGAGGUGAACGGUCAAAGCCUGUUGGGCCAGAGCCACGCGGAUGCCGUGAGCGCCCUGCGCGGGGCCGGGGAGACACUCUCCCUGCUGCUCUGCGAUGGCUUCGAUCCCCAAGAAGCCGCCGCCCUGGAGAGCACGCCUGGUGUCAUUGCCAACCGCAAGACCAGUGCGGAGAGCAUCUCCUCCGUUGACAGGGACCUGAGCCCAGUGCAGAUCCCUGUCAUGCAGAAGGAGGCAGAAAGUGUGCAUGACGCUUCCCGGUGGGAGAAGGAAGCUGUGGAGGAUGUGGCCUUCAAAACCCGACCGCUCAAACUGGACUACAGGACCCUGGCGGCAUUACCUGUCACCAGCCUGCAAAAGAUCAACCGGACGCCUUCCUCUGAGUCUCCGGGGUUCAGCAGCCCCAGCAGAAACGCCUUGCACUCCCCCUCCUCCCAUCCGCCAAGUCAUCAUUAUAUCUCUGGUGUAGCCGCCAAAGAAAGUAUCCUGACCAGACCGGGCAAGAUCCAGCCCUUGUCUCCCAUGUGGCCGAGCUCAGCGUCCAGUCCAGACAGCCGGUCCAGCCCAAAGUCACCUGGACCACCACUCAUCAGCCCUCGUCCCACUUCUCUGCGUUCUCCUCCCCUCACCUCGCCCAAUGACCUUCCCAUCAGUAUGAAGCAGACUUACAAGGCCCUUGCGGCUGUGCCCUGCUCCGUGGCUGUGCUCGAGCAGGUGGGGUUCCGGAAGCCUUCGAGGGGCUGCCAGGAGCCGCUCAGCCCAAAGCCCAGCGUUCAGUCCCGGCAGCUUGUGGAGCCCGAGCUGGACAACGAGGUAUUUGAGAGCGAGGCCAGGCUCGAUAGUGUGGGCAGGGUGGACACAGUUCCUGUCUCCACUCAUGCCCCCAUCACCUCCGACCGUAGCGACUACAUGAAUCUGGCUGUUGUGCCACGCCGGUCCCGGCCCUCACUGGACAUACAGGCACCUGCUCCCACUAGACAGGGCAACCCAGAACGGCGCUCUUUCAAGGACCGACAGAAGUACUUUGAGGUUGACAUGAAGCAGCAGCAGACAGCAAACGCCAAACCCAAGCCCCGGGUGUCCCUGGUAGGCGAGGAUGACCUGAGGAAGAUGAAGGAAGAGGAAGCCCGAUGGAUUCAGCAGCAUUCCCAGCGGUACCUACUAAAUGAGGAUGAAGACGAUGAAGAGGAGAUAGUCCUGGCCAGGAAGAUGGCUGAAAUAAGGGCCCAGGGCAAGGAUCUGUUGGAUGGAGUAGCGUACAAGACUCCUGAAAAAGAACUGACUGGGCCAUCGCCCCAGAUCUGUGGCACCCCGUCCAUUACCGGGCCCUUGUUCUUGGACAGGAAUGGAUCUCCUCAGAGGGACUCGCUUGACGGCAGCUCGAAACUGGAGCAGAGACCCAAUUCUUUGACGGGAAGCUUGAAGCCUCUAUAUCUCGACGAGUCCAGCCCCCCCUUCCACCUGUGGGACCCCGAACUGCAGGCCGGCACCUCUGACAGGGAGCUGUCGUCUGCAGAGAAGCGAGCGAUGGAGGUGGAGAAAAGGGCCAGGUGGAGAGCAGAAAGGAUGAAAUCUCUGGAGCAGGAUGCCCUCAAAGCGCAGAUGGUCAUCGCCAAGUCACGGGACGGCAAGAAACCCGGCGCUCUGGACCGGCUAGCCGACUCGCCAUCGCCUGCCUCCACAGGCUCUCCCACCCCCCUGGAGGAUUUCAGUCCUCAAAGUGUCAGAUCACCAGGUAGACAGUCCCUGACAGAAAAGAAGUUUGACUACCGACAGUUCGCUGCAAUCCCUUCUUCCAAACCUGUGCCCCAGAUACCGCAGACAACAAUUGCUGUAUUGAUGGCUCCGGUAGUUAUGGCGACACCCUUGGAUAAACAGCUGUCAGACUUUGGACCCCUUGAGGACCUCGAUUCCGAGCUGCCCGUUUCACUGCCCGAAGCGUCAGCCCUGGAGGAAAUGGCUCUGUACAGUAAUAAGAGCAAACUAAGACAAGGCCGGUGCAGCCUGGACACAGCUGUGCCUACGUAACACCACAGAGGCCCUAACUGCAAAAACCCAUGAAGAUCCUGUCACAAGUGCAGGCAGGCACUGCAGCCGUCAGACCACGCAAGGUGCAGCAGAAGCAUCACUGCCUGACACAAUGACAGUGUGUCACACAGCAAAGCUGCAGUUUCAGCAUAGGUGCUGGUAUGGGGGGAUUACCAUAGUUACACAUCCCCCCCACCCCACUGUGGGAGGCCUCUGCUUUAAAUUUCUUUUUUUAUUUAAAACAAAUACAAGGAGGGUCCACCAAACUGUUUUCUUUUUCAGUUUGGAUUUUAGUUGCUGUUUUUUUCCUUUCCUUUUUAUUAUUAUUGUUGUUAUUAUUAUUAUUAUUAAUGACUAUUCUGUGGAAGAAUACAAGAAAGUUAUAUGCUAAAAAAGUUAUAUGUUAAAUUGUAUUUUUGUAAAUGGUACAAGGAUGUGGGAGUCUGACACACAGCCGGACGCUGUCGUUCAGGUCACCAUUCCUGCGGCGGUCCUGUGUUACUAAGAGCAGAAGGGGUGCAUUAGUGUGACUGUAGGCUGGGUGCAAACGUUGAGCAGUUAGCAUCCCAGUCUGGUCAUAUUGCAGCUGAACGCUUUUAAGAUGCCAUGGUCCCCAUCUGGGAUUUCAUAUCACACUUUGAUGUAUUUCAUAGAGGGAGACACCUGUAACCCUCUUUACUGAAGGUUAGAAGCAUAAAGCUUCCAGAACUACCAACUAGCUGGAGAAGGGCAGUAUUCUCCCUUUCUUCCAUAGACAAAAUCUGGACACACCUGUUUUAAUGCAUUUGUCUCUAUUUUAGCUGUUAUUCACCUUAUAGUAAAAAGCUUCAAGACAAUGAAAUAAUACAUAGCAAAUAUUGCAACGACCAAGAGAAGUGUUCAACAUCUCAUUCUGUUCAAAAUUGAGACUAUUCAGAACAGCCACCUUUUGCUUUGAUGACAGCAUUGCAGACUCUUGGCGUCCUUUCAGCCAGCUGCCACAUGUAGCUACCUGCUAAGCUUCUUCUACAUUCCAGGAGCUUCCAGUUCUGGGCACAGGUUGGCUACCUUGCUGUUACUCUUCAAUCCAAUUCAUCCCAAACUGGCUCAUCCGUCACUGCACUCCAUCUCAUUCUGUGUUCACAAGGUAAUUCUUACUACAUGACCCUAAGCAACCCUUCAGGUUAUCUUGUUGAAAAACAAAUGAUUUCCAGUAGGUGUCCAGAUUUUUACUGGUACUGCAUGUCGGAUUUGUUUUCAGGGAUUCAGUUUAUGACUAUAUCGCGCCUUUCACAACAGAGUCAGCCCAAGGCGCUUUACAUGAUUGUGUUGUACUAAGCCUUUCCAGAUUAACUGUGUGUUACCAUGUCUGUAUAUGUACCAUUCUGAACUUGUCAAAGGGUUAAAAUGCAUAAUUUACUUUUCCGGCCCCAAAAUACUAGGUCCUACGUAUUUGUGGUGGAGGUACUUUUUAUUUAUUUAUUUUUUUUUAAUCUGAAGCCAAUUUGUGAAUAAUGUACAGGUACUGGAUUUUAAAAGACUCAUAGUUUUUGGAUUAGAAUUAAUACAGAUUUCAGAUGAGAUGGUCAUUUUCAACAAUCUUUCUUUGUGCAUAUCUCCAGCUUUAAAGUUUACACUUAUAAUCAGCUGUUUGUUAAAUUACCCUGCUAUCUCAAGGGCAGAAAUUGUUUUUGAAUUUAAUUUUACUAAUCUUAGCUUUUUUUUGUUCUUGCCAAAUGAAAUUCAGCUGCAAUGUUUUUUUUUUUUAAUUCUGGGUAAUUUUAAAUGUUGAUUUAUGACACUACAUUUUAUAUUAUAGUUUUGAUUGUUGCUCUUUCUUUUCAUUGAAUUCUCAUUGAGAGCUUUCGUUUUAAAAGGGUGAGAGGUGAAAGGUGACUGCCGGGAACUGUAGUUCAUUGAAGACUGUAACUAGUGAAUUUGUACAACCAAAGAAGUCUAUUUUGUGGAUCAGCAAAUAAAGUUUACUUUUCAUUGAGCUGA